UCUCGCGACCCCACUUCGCCGUGCACACACUGACGUCCCGCCUACCUUCGCCGUGCAACCAUGUCAUAUACCUCGAUUUCGUGAUUCGUCGCGCACCUUUUCGGCUCGUGGGUAUGAAACAGACAUCAUAUCAUAGCAGUCAUGAGUUCCGAAGAUACAACUGAUAAUGCGACAGCUACUGCGGCAACUAAUCCUAAUAUAGCUAUGAAGACUAAGAAUUGGGUCCAAUUUGAGGAUGAAACGAGUCCAAAAGACACUACAGAUGUAGAAAAAAAAGCCAAUAGUAGCGCAACUGCUGUAAUAAAGCCUGAGUCGGUUACAGUUCAAAUCGACAAAAUUAAUAAAAGUAUUGAUCCACCUGAUAUUAAUGAUAAGAAAACUAAUGAGUAUAAAGGUGCUGUGAUAGCAACCGAAUCCGUCCAGAUUAAUUUAGAUAGAUCAGGUUUAAGUCGUUCCAUCACAUCCGAUAUUCCAGACCUUAAAUUACCAUCUGACAUUAGAACAUCAGAGGCCAAGAGCGCUUCUUUAAAAACUAUUGAUCUAAGAGAUGUGUCUAAUGGUAGAAAUACAUCGAGCAAUGUUGUCAGUACAUCUAUCGGAAACAUUAGACAGGGUUUUGCCAAUGGUGAUACUAUCGUUACUCUUUUACCAGUAAAUACUAAAUGGCCAUGGAUUACUCCAGCUAAGUUUAGACCAGAAUUAGUACCAGAAGAAUUGAUGGCACAAGGAUUAACGCUCACAGUGGAAGAUUAUGUUCACAUAAUGGAGUUACUUGUCAAUGAUGUGCGCUUCAAUAUGUAUAACAUAUGCUACAAAAGAAUUCUUGUCCUUUGGAUAUUCACCGCCUUUGUUGUACUACUUGGUCUGCUGUUUUCUGGUGUAACCGGUCUUACUUUAUUCGGGCUCGGUAUCAUGUGGCUGGUCCUGAAUGCGGCUGCAAUAUUCUUUUGCAUGUUUAUCAAGAUAAAACUCAAUCAUAAUCUCGAAAAAUGUAUGGCUCAAGUCAACAAACAUUUAUUAAAACACAAAAUAUUACUGGGACUAGAUGACAGAGGAAAAAUUUCCUGCCACAAAGUCAACUUAUGUUUCAUAUACUUUGAUACUACUGAUUGCAUUAAAAAGCUACAAGAAGUAAUAGAGCGAGAAGAACGUGAAGGUAGAAUAAUUGGCGGUGGUGGUGAUGACGGAAGCGAGUUAAGCCGACAACGAGAAUUACAGCAACGUAUGGACAUUGAUGACAGUGACAUUGUUAUACAAGGCAGCACUACCACGAGAAUCUCUCGUAAACAGGGUAAAAACGAACAAGUAUUCUGCCGUUAUGUGCAACGUUGGGCGAAGGAUUACUUACGACGCCGUUUGGAUUGGACAGUUGACGAGGAGGGUGGAAAUCCUUCUUCGCCACGUCACUUAGCGUCCGCUCUGUGUCCAUGUCAAUAUAUAGAGGAAUGGUUACGUAAUAAACCACGCGUUCAAGGCAGAGAUUUUUGUCCCAGAUGGAGUAGCUUUCUAAGAGAUAGAGGCAUUUGAGAAAUACAGUUAUUCUAUGCUGUUUAUAUAUUAUCAAACACAUAUAUAUAUGCAGUUUUGUAUAUACACAAAAAUUGCAGAGGUUUUUUUGCAUUAUUUAACUCUCAGAUGCGCAUUGCUAUAUAAGCAUUUUAAUAUUUUGAUCAAGUAUAUGAUUUUUUAUACAUAUAUAUUAUUACUAUAUUUUUAACUGUACUUAUUUUAUUCAUAUAUAUAUGAAACGUUAUAAAGAUCCAACUUUAUUAUCACAAUAUAAAGAUAAAGAAUCAAACUAAAGAGAUUUUAUGCUCUAAGCAAUAUGAUUCAGAAUAUAAGAAAUGUAAACGUGCAGCUUCCAAAGAAAACUGCUAUUUACUUUUAUUGAUUUGCUUAUAACUUGAUGAAGUAUUAAUAUAAUUUUUGGUUUAUAAAA